AACCCCGUGCUCUAGAUGAAGAAGGUCAGAGUGGCCUGUGUUGCACAGCUGGAAAGCAGCAGAGGUGCUGACAGUACCGACCCACACUGCCAGUUGACUUUGGUCCAGUUCUGCCUGUUAGAGGGACAAAGGUGUAUCGAGGCCUCUGUGUCCUGCACUGUCCCGACCGUCUUGACUCAGCCAACACCCAAGUCCGGAAAAUAACAGACAAGCGGGUAAAAUGCUUGGGCGUAUUGACGGGGCCGGUCGGUGAGAGCAGCUGCUGGGCAAGAGUCCCUUCAGGAUGGCAGCCUUUUUUGCCACAAGCUUGGCCUGGCAGAUCUCAAACAGCUGGGCAGAGCCAACAGAGCGUGGGAGAAGGCAGCAUAGGACAGCCCAGGAUCCCUUCAGCCUGGGAGAUGAGGCCUCUCUGUAGCUGGCUGCUGGGAGCUGGAGCUGAGCCCAGUGAGGGGCAUCCCUGCCAGGCCCCUCUACAUGAAUGUGUCACAUGGCCCAGAGAUGUGGCCUAGAGCUGGGGACCCAGACUCAGGUCAUUGUGCUAGAUGCUGCGCAUGUCCUCUGUCACAUAGUACACAGGAAUGUCAACCUGCAGACUGCAAUAGAAGAACAGGGAGCCAGCUAACAAUGCUCUCUACAGGCAAGAAAGGGACAGCAAAGGCCAGUAACCUGGAGAAGACAAGAAGGCCCUAUUCCUCAGGCAGUUAUUCAGAAGAAGACCCACUGAGGGGCCCCAGAUCCCCAGCAGGGGCUACAUGAGGGACCCUGGAAUUUCUGGACCCAGAGUGACAUGGCUGAGUUCUGCAAAAGACAAGGAGGUGCCCCUCUGGAGGGCCCACUCCCUUCACUAGCAGUGAGGCCUUGGAAAAGUUGCCUGAGUUGCUUGCCCAUCGUCAGAGGUGACAGAAGCGAUUCUGACUGUCACUGUGAGAACAUUCAGCAGUACAGCCUUGGUGUUACCACCAUCAAACAAGGCCUUCCCAAGGACUGCCCAUGGCAGUGAGGACCAGAGAAGGGGAGGAGACCCUUCUCCAGGUUCCACACAGGACCAUGAGUACAGGCUCCCAUGAGCCCCACCAGGGGGUGAGGAUGGCCACUCAGCCCAUUACCUGGGUUCCUCCUCCAACCACUACAUCCUCCUAGCACCAGGGACUGUGGGGCCAUGCCAGGAGAGCGGCCCCCAACUUUGCCCAGAGACUUACAGCCCUGCCAAAUUGCCAGGAGCCUAGGGUGCCCCUCUCAGCACCCCGUCAAGGACCACGGCUCUGCCAGCAGGACCAUUCAGGGCAUGAGAGAUGAAGGAAGCAAGGCCCAAGGUUCCCCGGAAGCCCAGCUGAGUCAGGCCAAAGAGGUGGAGCAAGAGGACCUGCUCCUGAGAACGCAAGCCCCAGCAGGGCAGAGCUGUGCACAGGCUUACUCAUGGCUGGCCAGCAGGAUGGAGAGCAGUCACCCACAGCUCCACAGCCUAAGUACUUCAAGGAUCAGAUGCAUCCUGGGUGAGCCGCCCAACGAUCUGCAUCAUGAAGCCCCCCAGGUAUCAGAUACCAAGGUUCCUCAAGGCCAAAAGACCAGAGCCCGCCACAGGACCAGCAUUCCAAGGGCCAAGGCCCUUCCCUCUCCAGAAGAGAAUAGCUCCCAAAGGUGCUUUCAGGAGGCCCCUUCCAGCUUUACCUCCACCAACUGUACCUCACCAAGUGCCACCCCCGGGCCCUUACCCCGGAGAACCCCCCAGAGCAAUGGCACCAGCCCCCAUAGGCAUGCUUCUGGCACUAACCUCCAGGCCACGGGGACCAACCCCUGGCCUCCUGCUGCUGAAAACAGCUUUCCAGGUGCUAAUUUUGGGGUCCCCUCUGCAGAGCCCAAGCCCUUCCCUGAAGGCAGCAGGCCUAGCAGCCCCCAGGGGAUCUCUGUCCCCUACCCCUUCCCUGUAGAAACAGACCAGCAUGAGCGGGCAGCUGGGACAAUGUUGUUCACCUUCCACCAGCCCCUGGCAGCAUGGUCGGAGGAGGCCCUGGGUACAAACCCUGCCUACCCAUCCCUGCCGUGCAACCCAGGUCAAUCAGGGGGAGCCAACGCUCCCAGUGAUCUUGGAGGCGCCCUCUCGCCACCUGGUGCUGCUCACUUGCUCCCAAGUCCCUUCCAUGAUAGUUUGCACAAAAGCCUGACCAAAGGCCUUCCUGAAGGGCUCCCUCCCACUCAUGAUGGACUGGGGAGCCCCAGGGGCCUCCUAAAUCCUCCAACCCAGAGGCACUUUCCGGGGCAGGGUUAUGGAGCUAAUGGGGUGGGCACCAGCCCAGCAUCUCUGGACACAGAGCUGCCCACCCCUGGGCCACCACCCACCCAUCUGCCCCAGCUGUGGGAUACAACAGCAGCUCCUUAUCCCGCAUCUACCCUGGGCCCUGCAGCUGCUGCCAGGACUGCUUUCUUUGAAAGCCAGCAGCAGCUCUGCCUCCCCCACAGCCCUGCCUUGCCCUGGUCCCCAGCGCUUACGACCCCUGGGCCGAAUUCCCACCAGAUGGGGGUACUGAGCCGACUGACAUUCCCCAGGGGGUCUUCUGAGUGGCAGGCAGACAGCCAGGGUGCUUUGAAUACGAUCCCCAGGCCUGGAGAGACAGUGUCAACUCUCAGGAGCAGCCCAGGCCAGCCAAACAGUUCCCCAAGGCUGCUAGCCUAUGGAGGUCUGAAGGACCCUGGGACGCAGCCCCUGUUCUUUGGGGGAACACAACCCCAAGUGUCACCCCAAGGGGCCCUCAGCUUGCCCCCACCUGGGGUGGUGGGGGCCUCGCCCAGUGAGUCUCCUCUUCCCUCGCCUGCGACCAACACAGCCAGCAGCAGCACCUGUUCAUCCCUGUCACCACCAUCCAGCAGCCCAGCCAACCCCAGCUCUGAGGACAGCCAGCAACCUGGACCCCUCAGGUCCUCAGCCUUCUUCCUGCCCCCCACCCAUUCCCAGGAGACCAGCAGCCCCUUCUCUUCCCCAGAGCCCACAUACACCCUCCCCACACACUAUCAAUCCGAGACAGCCAAAGCCUUCCCUCUCCCCACAGAGAGGCCAGGAGCUGAGGAUGCCUUCAGGGGCCUGGAGGGAGCCCCAUUCUCCCACAAGAACCCCUCACUGGGCAGAGACAGGUUGAAGGGCUUUCCUCCAGAGCCGCCACCGCCACCAUAUUCUGCCCAGCACUUGUCCCUGAGCAGUGCCAGCCUGGACCAGCUGGAUGUCCUGCUGACCUGCAGACAGUGCGAUCGAAACUACAGCAGCCUCACAGCCUUCCUGGAACACAGGCCACUCUGCAGCCUGCUGCUAACCAAGACCAAGGAUGGCUCUCUGCAGCCCCCAGAGCUCCCUACACCCACCACCACUUCAAAGGCACCCAUGGAGGCACACUCAGCCUUACUUGAACACAACCAGGCUGUCCCCUUCCUACCAACCAGAGAUGACCAGGGGGACAGCAAAGAUGACUCUCUGAGGACAAGCUUCCUUCCUAGCCUGGCUGUCACCUCCUUCUCACUCCCCACCUCAGACCUUGACAUGGAAGAUGAUGCCAAGCUGGACAGGCUCAUCACAGAGGCUCUGAGUGGCCUGGAGUACCAAUCAGACAAUCCUGAGAUAGACAGCAGCUUCAUUGAUGUCUUUGCUGAUGAGGAGCCCUCAGGCUCCAGGGGGUCCAGUGCUGGGCAUCCUCUCAAUACCCAGGCGGGAGCAAGUUCCAAGAAUGGUGCCCAGCCCCAGCCCCAGCCCCAGCCUCAGCUCCCAUCCAGAGCUGCUAUGCCUGAACCCCAAGCCCCCUGCACCGGAGACAGGAGCCGCCUAGCCCGAAACAGGCCCAAAACCCGUUCCCUGGGCCUUGCAUCUGCAGAGGCAGAUGCGACCACCCUGGUCAGGCAGCAGAGGAGAGGGAAGCAAUUCAAGUUGUUUCGGAAAGAGCCAGGUGUGACCAAGGGUACUAACAAUCAGGCCAAAGCUAUCUGCCUAAGGCCAAGGAAAAAGGGCUGCAGUGCCGAGCGGCCCCGGCCCCAGGCUCACAAAAGUCAGGCUCGCAAGGGCCACGCUCGGAGGGAUCACAGCAUGCCCAGGGCCACCUCUAAAGAGACCAGGAGCUCCAAGCACCUGCAACCACCCUCUGGGAAGGACCCCAGGAAAAGGAGGGGGCGGGGUGGCUCCUGGAGCAAGGAGCUCAUCCACAAGAUAGUGCGGCAGAAAAACAGGUGCCCCGAGCAGCAGGCACCACGGAACCAGGUCUCCCAUGUCCCCCCACUGCCCGAAAGACCACCUAGCACCCAGGAAGGCAGGCUCCUAGGGCAAGGCUGUGCCUCUGAAUCUGAGGAGGAGGCUGGUGGGCAGCAGCAGGACUUGGGGGGUCCUGCCCAAGGCUGUUCCCCCCACAGCCGCCAACGGUGGCGCCAGGGCAAGAAGAGGAAGAAAGAAGAUUUGACCCAGAACCCAAGAAAGGUCAUGAGGCAGGAGGCUGGUGAAAAUGAGGGCUCUCCCACUCCAAGGACACAAAGCCUUUUGCCAUGCUCGGAUGCUGGAGAAGUCUCUGUGGAAAGAGGACCUGGGCAUCGUGGCCAGCCCAUAAUAGCCCCAAAACAUCCUCUCCGGGUCCUCACCACCACCAAGACCCGGGAAGAAAACCAUGCAGCCCUGGACUUCCCCCAGGAGGGCAAGAAGCCUGAAGUUGCUACUGUGUUAUUCCCUAAGAACUCCGAGCUCAGAGAGAGGCCCAGUUCUCCAGCUAACUGUGGUGGGGAAAGCCCCAGACCCACUGCUUCAGUGCCAGCCCAGGCUGGCAGUCCUAGGCCAUCGGGGAGCCACCCUGAAACACUAUCAGGAAACAGCAUGCCAGUACCGGAUGCGGGCUGUCUUCUGGGCACAUCUGGAUGCAUGAAGCCCCCCACUUUGCAUACCAGAGAGAACUCUGCCUCCCAGCCUAGAAGGUGCCUGGUACCUAUGGAUAAGGUGGCAGAUGCUUUCUACACUGAAUCCAGCCUCCCAGUUUUCAAGAACUCGAGUCCUCCUGGUUGUGAGCCUGACCACUGUGACAGGCACUCUGUAGAGUGUCCAGCUGCCAAAAGAGGACCCCUGCCUAACAACGACCCCUCCUGUGAAUUGUUCCUUGGAUCCAAGGACCUAGCUAAUUGCUUCCCUGACAGUUUGUAUGCCAAGCCUUUAGCUAUAGACCCACUGCCUGCCCAAAGCAGCUACCUUAGCCAAGACAGUAUGGAGACCCUUGAGUCAACACCGAAGAGUCCGCCCUACCCAGUUGAAACAGACCCAGGCAAGGUGCAUUCGCCACUGACCUUGGAGUCCACAUCCCUGUUUGCAGGGCUGCCUGAAGAUGGCUUUGACCCACCACUCUAUGACAGCUUGUCAGCAAAUAGGGUCACCCACGAGCCACUGGCAGGUCCUGACCCUCUCUCUAAGAAACCUCUGGCAGAUCCUCUGUACCCACCGUUCUUGCUGCUGGAGGAUGACGUUUCGCCGGUGCUGCCUGGCUCCUUUCCUGGCCUCUCCAAGGGAAAGGCAUUCAGUGAGAAGUGUCCCUUGGAAGAGACAGUGCUGCCCAGCCCUCCUGCUGUGCCCGAAAAGGGAAGCGAAUGUAGCCUUACACUUACGAGCAAGUUGUGUGAGGACGAACUAGAGAUCAAAAGAUUGGUGACUGAAUUAGAAAGCCAACUGCAGAGGAGGGGGAGCACACAGGGGUCCUUGGGAGAGCCAGAGGAAGCUACACAGGAAGGCAAGAUGGACGCAAGCCCAAAGCAGGCCUCCCUUCUGCCCACAAACCAGGCCACCUCACCCCAAAAGGAGCCGGCAGAAGACCUUACAGGUCUUGAGGGAUCAAGUUCACAGCAGGAAAGGGCCCUCAGGGAUCCCCAGAAACAGUGGUCCUACCCAGCUUCCUGCCACACAGAAAAAGCAGCACCUCCCACUGGUACCCAGGAGGAGCCAGGUUCCGGGGCUCCCUUCAGCCCCAAAAUAUUCACACUCAGUUUUCAGAGAGCGCAGGAGGACAUCACCUCCAAUGCAGACAGUCAGAUCGCCCUAAGUGACCACCUACCUGACUCCAGCAACCGACAGGUGCCCUUACUGCAUGCUGAGAGUUUAGCCAAGCACAAACCGAAGCAUGAGCUUUUGUUUUCUAAAAAUAACGAGGCUUUUGGGACACAGAACGAGAAUGCCCCACCGCUGCUUCCUGGCAGACACACAAGAGGACAUUCUCUGGACCCCUGUGAGGUCCAGGGGCCCUGCCCAAGUCUCCCUGCACUGGAAGGAUUCAACAGUCCCAAUGCCGACCUGGCCCUAGAACCCAAGUUGAUACUUAGGGGUGAUGAGGAAGUCACCUCCCUUCCAAGUACCAGUCUCAGCCAUGACUCUAAGGGACACCCUGAGGACCAAGCAGGGAGUUCUAUAGGAGCUCUGCUUAACAAGCCUGUUGCCAAGGAUCUUGGCUUUAAGGGUGAGUCUGUACCUACGGGGACCUCUGCAUUGUCCACCCUUCAGCGUGGUGGUAGGGCUUGCUCUCAUCCCAUGCCAGAUCCUCCCUGGGAGCCCAGAGCCUGUGUUGGACAGAGGCUCCAGGAACCAGCCUGCUGUUCCUUUCCUCUGCUUCAGGUCCUGGAUGCUACAGCCAAGAGUGAAGAUAAUGCCCAGGGCCUUCAGCCUGGGGACCCCUCAGUGGCAGGAGAGCCCAGUAUGAAAGAAGGUUCCUCGAGGGCUGUAAAAAUGUCAGCUCUUCCUGCAAACAUCCGAAAGCAGCUGAGGUCCAAGGCAGAUGGAUGUCUGGGCUCACCCGGUCAACCUGAAAAGACCAAGGGCCAGAGUCAAGCCAACAGACUCUGCCCAAAAAGCAGUGCCCAUUUGGAAGCUAGGCCGGCCAGGGGCAGAAGGCCACGCCAGGGGAACAGAGCAGCCCGGGGCCUUAGGAGACAAGCACUGUCCUCCACAAGCCCCACCUGCCCUGAUGGCACAUCCGUAAUUCCAAUCCAGAAACGGUUCCCUCUCCAGAAGGAGCCUGCAGAGAGAAGCCCAGAGAAGGCAGCCAGCCCACGGCCGUUGUUUAGCCAGGAGAAUCCCACUCCCUCCAAUAGAGGCCUGGCUGCAUGUGUCCUCUCCACCAUGCCCCAAGUCAUACCUACUUCCAGUGACCUUGAGCCAAUACCCCAGGAAGAUCCUGGGGCCAGAGUCAAGCCUAUUAGGCCACCAGCACCUUCCUCCCACAGAGACCUACCCAGCCUUGAUGAUCAGCCAAUCUGUCCUGUCUUGGCACCUCUGGGUGUCAGUCAUGGCCAAGCCACCAAAGAUGCUGAGCCCCCACUAUUGGUGACAAGCCACUGUGACCCUGAAGAGCCCUUAUCCCACCAUUCUCUGCUGAGGACCAGCAGUCCCAAGGACCCUCCCAUGGACUCACUUGUCUCCAUCAGUUUCUCAGCCCCUGUAUUACUAGAGAGGAACAGCCCAAAAGGCAUCACAGUAAGAACAUUAGAAUGUUCUGGAAAAGAGGAGCUGAGGCUCUCUCCUGCCCAUUCCUCUGUUCCUCCCGCAACGGAUCCCAGCUCCCCCAAAAUGGCCAUCGAAGCUGUCCCUCUGACCAGCAUUCCCCCCAAAGAUGACCUAGAUUCAGGUGAGACACUUGAGGUGCCAGCCCCGCACUGCAUGGGAGUCCCACCCCUCGGCAGCCCACAAAGGACAUACUCCAAGGACCCUUCCUUAGGGCCCCAGAGCAGCACACCUUGCCCUGGCCACGGGGAAGGCCACAGCAUUAGAGCUGUGCCCACAGACCUUGCCACACUGGAGACUACAGGACCAGACUCUCAGAUCUGCCAAGGAGAUGAGGCAGAAGCCAGCAGUGAGGAACAGGACAACCCGGGAACACCUGGGACAAGACACUGCGAAGUGACAAAGGGAGCCAGAGCCAGUGCCCGAGGUAUGCCCACAGGGCUCCACUUGGCCCUAGAAACUCCCCUGAGCAGCACAUCCAGUGACUUCAGGGCUGACUCCCCUCAGUACCAUAUCAGUAUCUCUCAGCAUUCUCCCCAGAAGGACUCUGCCGAUCCUAAAGACCGUAAGAGGAGGCCCCGUGGCUUGAAGAAAAAUCCAGAGCGUGCAGAGCAGACCCCAGCUGAGCUACCCGUGACCUGCCAGCUCUGCUCAGCCUCCUUCCUCUCCAAAGCGGGCCUAAGCCGGCACAAAGCCAGGAAGCACCGCCCACAAAGGGAAUCUAGAUCCCUGCUGAGCCCCAUGGUAGUGCCUGCCUGCCAGCCUCCAGAUCCCAUGACAGAAGCAUGCCAGACUCCUGGGAAGAAAAGCCGCAAGAUGCCUGGGAAGGGAAGACCCAGUCACCAGGCCCUGGGCGCUGGCCACUCUACUGGACCACCUCCCCUCCAAGUCUCUCCAACACUGGAAGAUACCAUGGGUCCUGAAAUACUGAAAAGGACUAGUGAGGAAUCUGAGGGAGCUGGGACACUAGACACUCCCCUCCACCAGCACCCACCCACCACAGGCCUGACUGAGCAAGGAGAGAGUGCAAAGGUCUCUGCCUCAAAACCAAGGAGACCAGACAGGUGGCGAGCAGACCAGCUCCAUCCCAACCAGACAGAAGAGAGGGGCCAGAGGCAAAGUGGAGAGCCUGCCAGUUCUCCCAGCCACCCAGAGAGGAAAUCAAGCAGGAAAGGUGGGAAGCUGAGAGCGAGGAGACGGAAGCAAGGUCCCAGAGGCGCUACCCACGUGACUUCAGACCGGUGCCUCUCUGACCCAUCAACUGCCUGUGGGUCCCAUCCUCUCAUCUCCCUGAGUCUCUCCCCUGAGGGAGGAUGCAGGGCAGCUGUCAGGGCUCCACCUCUGUCCUCCACAGUAGGACCCAGAGCACUGGAGGUUGCUGAAGACAUUGGGCCAGGGACCCUGUGUCCAGAGGAGGUGCCAGCACAGAAGUCCCCCCAAGAGUGCCGAGUCAGUCAAGGGACAAUAGAGAAGGAGCAUCCAGUGGAACAGAAGGCAACCUGGACACAGUGGUUGUGGGGACCAGAAGAGGCCAGGGUAUUGGACAUUCGUGAAGAAGAACCCUCACAGGCUAUUGAGAGCCAGCCUGCAGAGAAUGGCACAGGAGUCAAAGGCAAGUCCCAUGGGGGCACUGUGAAAGGGAUGCCUGACUUACCUGACAGCACACACAGUCUUGAAGAGGACAGCACCAUGAGCAGCUACCCCCAGGGACCUAUCAAAGACCCAGAAACCCAGAGUGUUCACGGGUCCGAGGGCACCUUUCCUGAUGCCCUCAGCCCAGAUCAAAGGGAACCUCCAGACUUGUUUGAUGAUGAGGCAUCCUUCUCCCGGCUCUUCCCCCUGGAUGGCCGCCUCACUCAGAAGAACCUACGUGUCUAUGGGAAGCGCUGCAAAAGGCCAAAGUGCCCAUCACCGAAGGAGCCCACCACUGAGGUGAUAAACAGUGUCUCACUAGGCUCCACACGCCUACCCACAGAUCUCAGCGACUCGGGCUCUCUAUGCCUGACCCAUGAGGAAGAGGAUCUGUGGGAUGAUGAAGUCAUGAGUUUGCCUGAGUCCCUCCUCCUCGAUGGACUCCUAAGCAGUAAGACACCUGGCCUUGACCCAUGGACCCCCAGCCUCAGCCUGUGGACCCUAGAAUCUGACAGGGAAACCAGCCACAUGAAGGAGGAGCCCUCCUGCUUUGAGGAGAACCAAGAUGAAUGGUCAGAACCCAUCCCCCAGCUGCACAUGGUCCCAGCAGCCUGGCGAGACCUGGAACCCUGUAGCCCAGCUUUUGAGAUAGCCUCUUCUGUUGGAGAUAUGAGCCCAGAACCCCCCAACCUGGAAAGGGAACAUGACAACAGGCCUCCCGGAAACGCCACCCUGCCCCCACUUUACGUUAAAGACUUUGAGGUUCUCAGCACCCAGCUGGAGAUACAAGACCUGUGCUUUCUAGGACCCUGUGAUGACCUUGCUGAGCUCCCUAACCCGGGCGCCCUAGACUUCCAGGCCACCGCCAAUCCACAGAGCCCUCCAAACAAAAGGAUGGAGGGAGCUGCCAGGGCCAGACGAGCCAAAGGCAGAGACCUGAGAGUGACGGGCAGGAGGGCCUCCUACAAGUGCAGGGUGUGCUUCCAGCGUUUCCAUACCCUGGACGAGCUGGAUCUCCAUAAGCUGUCGCACAGCCCCUUGCCGCCCCCCACUUGCUACAUGUGUGUGGAGCGCAGAUUCAGCUCCCGGGAGCUUCUGCGGGAGCACCUGUGGGAGAAGCAUGUGCAGGGCAAAGCAGGGCCAUGGGCCUGUGGCAUGUGCCUGAAGGAGGUGGCUGAUGUCUGGAUGUACAACCAGCACCUUCGGGAGCACGCAGCCCGCUUUGCCCGAAAUGGACAGGCGCGGCGAACCUUGGGAGACCUGCCCCGGUGCUUGGAAGGGGAAAGCACCCUCACGCACUUCCUGAACACCAUUGUGGAGCGAGUAUCCAAACCCCAGAGGACCAAGCGUUCAGUUGGCAAGGUCAGUGGGGAGUCAUCGGAGCAGGAAGGAGAAGCUGGAAAGAAAACCCCAAGAAGGAUGAAGCGCAAAGCACGUGCCUCAGUCACCCCCAGCCAAGAUGGCGCCGAAGGAGGCAGCCCAUCCGUUCUGACCAGCAGCUCUGCCACCUGCUCUGACUCUGCCAAGACGCCCCCUACUCCGUCCCCAGACCCUUGGUCCCACGGUGAGUCCCCGCUCCAAGCUGUACCAGUGCACGAGGACUGCAAGGACCCCUCCCGUGACUGCCACCACUGUGGAAAGCAGUUCCCCAAGCCCUUCAAGCUGCAGCGCCACCUGGCGGUGCACAGCCCACAGCGCGUCUACCUGUGUCCCCGGUGCCCACAGGUCUACCCAGAGCACUGGGAACUGAAGGUGCACCUUGGCCUGAGCCACGGGGUGACAGCGGAGAAGGAGCUACCACACGUGCCCCUCUACGCCUGUGAGCUCUGCGCCAAUGUCAUGCACGUCAUCAGGAGGUCCUUUGUCUGCAGCUCCUGCAACUACACCUUUGCAAAGAAGGAGCAAUUUGACAGACACAUGGACAAGCACCUGAGGAGUGGCCAGCAGCCCUUCACACUCCGAAGUGUUAAGCGACCAGGGGUUCCUAGGAGGAAGACCCAGGUUUCGCAGGAUGUGCUACCCAGCAAGCAGCACAGGCUGAUGGUGCCCUCCGGCCCCCCUGAGCUCAGCUCUGACAGAAUCCCAACAAUAACCAGCCCUGUGCUAAGUGAGGCAUCCCUUCCUGCACUGCCCCCUAUCUGUUCAGAGACAGCUCCUAGCCUCAUCCUGGACCAGCCCAGUUCUCAAGGGAGACCUGUGGACCAGGCAGACCACUCACCCAGGGGGGACAGCCCACCAUUGAGUGGCCAGGAUCUUCCACCUCCGUCUCUGUCUCCUUUCUCAGCUGCCUCCGCUGAAGGUACAGGAGGCUGCAAGCUGGACAGAACCCUGGAGAAACCAGAACACGAGGCUUCCUCGGGAAGCCUUGAGCCAUGUAAAUGGCAGACACUGGUAGGGGAAAAGAGGGCUCUUCACCUGUUCCCAGGAAAACAUAAGAGCCCAGGCAACCAAGGCAAGUGUGCCCCUGGAUGUUCCCCAGGAGACCCCUCUCAGCUCCAGGAGAGGCUGGUGACCACACACCACAUGGAACUUGAGGGGAGAACAGAGGGUCCCUCCCAGAAGGGCAAUGCCACCAAAUCAGGAACCUGUUCAGGUACCUCCAAGCACAGACCAGCAGAGCCCAAGAAAGCACUGAAGCUCUCUGCUCCACCCCGAAAACCUACAGGAAUGGGGAUCCCGGCUAGAGAGCUGGUCUUGAGUCCUGAGGACAGGGUAAAGCCCAACGCUUCUAAAGGGAAACUGAGACCCAGCUCUCAGAGCAGUGGGGGACUCCAGCCAGGCACUCAGACAGGGGGUGGUAGCCAGCCCCAGCCAACCAGUGGGCAGCUCCAAAGUGAGAUGGCAUCCACCCCCACGGAGCCCGGCUGUCCUAGCUGGGCGAGCUCCACCCCUGACCAGCCUCCACCUCGAGCCCAAACCAAGGGUGGCACCAGGGGUCCUGGAGAAGCUGUUCAUCAGGGGGUCCAAGUACAUUCAAGUCCCAGGGAGAAAAGAGAAAGCCAUGAAAAACAGAAGAAGGGCCAGGCCCUGGGACUGGGCAGACAUGGAAGCAUGGGAAACACCGGGAAAGCCCCCUCAGCCCCUGACAAGUCAUCCAGGGCCCCCCGAAAGCAAGCAACUCCCAGCAGAGUUCCCCCUGUCAAGUCAAGACCAAGUGGCCAGAGCAGCAGGGCCAGGCCACAGCCGUUGGCACAGCAGAAAGGAGAUCCAGGCCACACUUCAGAAAAGGGCUCAUUCCCCCAAGGGAGAGCCCUGUCCAGGCCCUACAAAAGGGCCAGAGCUCCCCAUGGCAUUGAACCUCUGGAGCCCCGAGACCGCCGGACUGCAGAAGCCCAGAGCGACCUCCUCAGCCAGCUGUUUGGGCAGAAACUGACUAGCUUCAAAAUCCCUCUAAAGAAAGACAGUUCCCAGUGACCUGUGAGAGAGGAUGCAUGGGUACCCGGCUGAUGGGCUUCUUUCUAUCAAGCCUCCAGCACUGGAGACAACUCACUCGGAGAUCCCUUGUCUGUUUCUCUGCACCUGAGUUCCCACAAAUUCUCUACCAGAUUCGAGACCUGAGAGUGUGCUGCUGAGAACAGGGCUUAUUUGAUAGAGGGAUGGGAAGGACCGGCCUCUACCGCCCUGCUUCCCUAGUGUCAAAUACUUGAAGAGAACAGGUCGCAUCGCAUCACCGCCGCCAUGCCCUGUUGGCCAGGUGCUUUACGCUGUAAAGCUUGUGUUUGAGGGUUUGCACAGGGUCACCUAUCUCCUAGCAGGGAAGCACAUGACGGCCACCAGCCGCACAGCGACAGCUGCCUUUUCUGCCGCCAUUGCUAAGAUUCCAAAGCGUCCUUAGAUGUCACAUGGGAGAGGGCCAUGCUGUCUACUUGGGCCAUUUCUGAGCCACCUGGUCUUUGAGAGCAUGACAGGACCACUCUCCCCCACCCCCAGCCACAGAGUCACGCUGGCCUCCAGCUGCACUGCUGAUGUCUCCAGCACCUUGUCUCCCCACCCUCACCCUCGGGAACGGGGCUCCUAUAGGCAAUGCAGAGAAGGCCUCCUUGGCCAGCAUCCAGUGGGUCCUUCAGCCCUCUGGCUCCUUCCUAGUGCCUUCCUUCCCCGUGGGGCUUCCUCUCUAGGUCCCAGAAAGCCUGAUCCAAAGGCUCUGGUGCUACUCCCAUGUUGUAAUGUGAAUACAGGCUCCCUGGUCUUCUUUGAACCACGGGGAUGAUUAGGGUGGGGAGACCUAGACAGAGAGGCUGCAGCCCAGGACUCAAGAGAGCCUCAUCCACCGGUCUCCCCAGUUGAGCCUCAGCCCAGGAUCCCAGCAGUAAAGGGACCCUCCAGGCUGGGCUAUGGGUCUGGUCUGUGCACUGGCACGAGCCUGCCAACUGCAUGCCUGCCUGGUAUAGCAUUGUGUAUCAAAGUGGGCAGGGGGAGAGGCUUCCCAUUUCUCCUAGGAGUCUUAGAGAUUCCUGGCUUACUUUGUUGUGUAGUUUGUUGGGGGUUUUUUUUGGUUGUUUGUUUGGGUUUUUCGUUUUGUUUUGGUUUUUUUUUUUUUGGUUUUUGUUUUGUUUUGUUUUGUUUUUAGCUUUGGUGCAAUGUGAGUGUCAAAAGGUUUUAUUUUGACAUUUUAAACAAGACCAAAUCAGGCCCAAACUGCCUCCAUAGAAGGUGCUGGGGUCUUUCAGAAUGCCUCCUUCCAAUGGAUAAAGACGUGGGCAGGGCCCCCCCCCCACUGAGGUCAUACUGUAAAAGCUACAGCUAAUUUGUCUUUUCAAAUAUAUUCCCACUAUUUUCGCAGAA